CAUUUCAAGUUCCCGCGGUGCUGCACAGUGACCACUGCAGACGACAGUGAGAUUAUAAACAGCCAUGGAUGAGGGUACGUUGGAAGAGGCCUCGCCUCAACCAGACACCUCUAUAUCUCUGGACACCGCAGUCUUUGUCUUCUCCCUGUUUGACACGGGAGCGUUGCUGUUCCUACUAGUCUACUAUGUGAUCACUCUCUCAGACCUGGAGUGUGACUACCUCAAUGCUCAGCAGUGCUGCUACAGACUCAAUUUGUGGGUGAUCCCCAAGCUGGCAGCCCACCUGCUGCUCUCCUUGGUAUUCUUGCUGACAGGACACUUCUACCUGUUCCUGGCCUCUUUGCCCCUCGCUGCAUUCCUUAUCCGCGAGUAUGUCAAGGUGCCAGCUGGGAACUUUGGUGUAUAUGACCCAACAGAGAUCCACCACAUGGGCCAGCUCAAGGCACACAUGAGGGACUCAGUCAUUGGUAUGGGCUACUACUUGGUCUUCUUCUUCAUUUAUCUAUACUGCCUGCUGACCCACCUCUUGCGCUCCAACCCAGUCCCCAAGCCAGACUAUGCAGAUGACAUUGGGUUGUAAUUCUGCAUAGCCAGUGAUUGCUGUGAAGUGUGCAGGAUUGUGCAUUGGGGUGUCCAUGUUUUAUUUUUAAGUGAUAACUAUUGGGGUUAAGGGGAGGGAAAUGCUGUCAUAGGAUUGUUUGAAUUUGCAUGUAUGUGUUUUAUACCUAAUAUGAUUUUUUUUCAUUGAUAUUAACUUAGCCUUUUUUGUGAAGGUAUUUAUUUUUGUACUUUCCAAGAAAACUUGGAAUGAUGUGGUUUGUAAGGAUGUGGGAGAUCUAGGCUUGUGCAGGGCAGGAUGCUAAUGAGCAUGCUGCCUGGCAAGUUGCCACCAGGUGGAUGUAGCCAAAACACACAAGCAUGUAUGGAGCCUUUUGUAAAUGACAGUGUUGAUGACCUUCAUAGGUAAUGAAAGAUUGAGGAUAUGUCAGUCACUCAUGUUUAAGUAAUUGAUCAGCAUUUUCACAGUGCAGGGAAGUUGUUCACCUUGACUGAUAAUAUGACAAAGACAAAGGUUCUGUCACAGAAAACAGCUCAGUACUGGUACAGACAAUGGUAUACAUUUUUCUUGAAUGUAGUCUCAACAACAGCACAAUUCAUGGGAGGCACUAAAGCUCAGAAUGAUUAAAUGUACCUUCUUAAUGUUAAUGUUUGUUUUUCUUUGUUAAAAUGGCAAUAUUUUGUUAAUCCUAAUUCUUUUAUGUCAUUUCUGGCCAAAGUCAUGCGAUACGUAUUUUUUAAUCUUUUCAGCAACUUCCUUAUUAGGAAAGUAGGUGUGUGUGUGUGUGUGUGUGUGUGUGUGUGUGUGUGUGUGUUUGUGUGUGUGUGUGUGUGUAGCUACUAGGAGGGAAUUUAUUACCAUGUUCAUGUAUCACCUGCUGAUUGUGAUAGAGAGAUGAAACUUAAAUUAACAGAAAUGUCUCAUGAAACUACAGUAUUAAAGUUAGUUUGUACAUCUGAUGGGGAAUAGAAUCCUCAGUUAACAGAGGUUGUGGUUCUGGGCUUUGGGGAACUUCAUCUGUGAAUCAGUUCCAAAGAAAUUAGAUAAUUUCUAUGUAAGUACUGUACAUUGCAUUGCCACAUUGGUGGAAGUUUUUGCAUCUUAUGCUAUUUUAUUGUCCUGUGGACAGUGUAAUAUUUAAGACUCAAGUAAAUACAGUUGUAAGG